AUGCGUGUCCACCAGCUGUUGGCUCUCUCCGGUCUCAUGCUCAUGAGCAAUGUCGCCGCCGGCGCCAAGCUCGAGCAUGACGAUGUCCCCAAUCGCUGCUGGAACGUCUGCGGCCCCGUCGUCGGCAUCGCCAACAAGUGCGACGGCAUGCACCACGACAACGAUAGCGCGGAGAUCAAGUGCAUUUGCGACUGGAACCAGGCCCCCAGCUUGGUUCCUCUGUGCGAGGCAUGCAUUGCCGAGUAUCGCAGCAGCAACAACACCACCUCCACCCACGACCAUGACAAUGAUGAUGACCACGAUGAUGACAAUGACACUGAUCACGACAACGACCGCAACGAUCCCCAUGACAAUGACGCAUAUGACAUCCUCACCUCCUGCAAGCUCUCCACAACCAGUUACAACCCCAGCGCCGCCACCUCUGCCCUGAGCUCCACCGGUACCUCGCCUAGCACUGCCGAUGCGACUGCCACUUCGACUGGUUCUGGCUCUGGCUCCAGCUCUGGUUCUGGAUCUAGCUCUGGAUCUAGUUCUGGAUCCAACUCCGGCUCUGGCUCCACCACCAGCAGCGGUAGCAACGCGCAGACCACCGAUAAUGCGGCUCCUGCUGCUUCCGUCCCCAAGGCUGCGACUAUGGCCGCUGUGAUGGGCCUGGGAUUCCUUGCCUGGCUGUAA